AGGCAGGAGGUGAUGGGGAACAGCUGAGACAGGAAAAUGUGGCGACCAUUCUGUCGACAACUUCAUGGACAAUAUGGUGUGUGGCGAUGCUUGUGAUGGACAUGAUGUACGUAGGAUGGGUAAGGAGUAGUGCUGUACAUCUAUCUGUCCAAACUUGCAGAGUCAGCCGUGGGGGCUCACACCUUGUUACAGUGUGGAGUCAUGCAGAGACUGGCGGAUGUGUCUUAUUUGACCUUCGACCUUACUUUGACAGAGAUGAAGCCAGUGUAGAUACAGAGGAGGACUUCCUGCCCAGCUCAAUGGCCCGUUAUCGUCAACUUCUCUUUGCCGCCCUCAAAUUCUGUCUGGCCAUGCUGACCUCACUGGGCAUAGAAAACCAGGACUGUGGCAAUCAGGUGAUGCAGUUUAUCUUAUCUCACGGAGAAGUUUUCCACAGAAUUCUACGAGACAGACAGCCCAGGAGUUUAAGUCUCCCAGCUCUACGAGAACUAGCUCUAACUACAGCGGUACUGACCCGAGCUAACUAGAGAGGCAUUCCAGAUGCGGAAUUUGAUGACCUUGACCCAGCUGGAAUAGAGUUGAAAGGUCAAAAGGUCAGGAUUGAGAGACAAAUGUUGGCAUCGAUGCCAAAGUACUGUAUAUCUGAGAAAGUCAACAAACAAAUUAAGUUACUGGAGUCUGACAAGUCGACUCGGGGGAAGGACUUGA